AUGGAUAACAUCACAUCGGUUGUCACUGGAAAGAAUUCCUGCACCUUUCAUGAGGAGUUCAAACAAAUUCUGCUCCCGGUGGUCUACUCCGUAGUGUUAGUUUUUGGUCUUCCACUCAACUUCAUUGUCAUCCUUCAAGUAUGGCUGUCAAGAAAGGCCUUGACUCGCACUGCCAUCUACACCCUGAAUUUAGCCAUGGCAGACUUGUUCUAUGUGUGUUCCCUUCCACUUCUCAUUUAUAACUAUGUCCAACAUGACUACUGGCCCUUUGGGGACUUCACUUGCCGGUUUGUCAGAUUCCAGUUUUACACAAACCUACACGGGAGCAUCAUGUUCCUCACCUGUAUGAGCUUCCAAAGAUAUAUGGGCAUAUGCCACCCGUUGUCUGUCUGGCAUAAAAAGAGGGGCAAGAAGUUUACAUGGGUGGUGUGUGGGGUGGUUUGGUUCAUCGUCAUUGUCCAAUGUAUCCCCACUUUUUUGUUUGCAUCCACUGGAGUUCAGAGGAACAGAACUGUUUGUUAUGACUUGAGCCCCCCAGACCUCUCAUCUCGAUAUUUCCCUUAUGGAAUAACAUUGACUAUAACAGGUUUUUUAAUCCCUUUCAUUGCCAUUGUGUCCUGCUAUUGUGCCAUGACUAAGAUCCUCUGCCAGAAGGAUGACCUAGCCGAUUCAGCAGUCCGAAGGAAGAAAGACAAAGCCAUCCGUAUGAUAAUCAUUGUGGUUCUGGUGUUCGCCAUAAGCUUUUUCCCAUUUCACCUGACCAAAACAAUAUAUUUGGUUGUGCGUUCCAGGCAAGGUGUUCCUUGCCUGGCCUUGCAGACUUUUGCCAUCGUGUAUAAGUGCACCAGGCCAUUUGCCAGCAUGAACAGCGUGUUGGACCCCAUCUUGUUCUAUUUUACCCAGCAGAAGUUUCGGCAGAGCACCAAGACAUUGGUGAAGAGAGUCACGUACAAGUGGAAGAGUGAGACCAGCACCAAGCCACCACAAUGA